GGCAAGCCUGCCGUCCUCCGGCUACAGCUCCCACCCGCUUAUCCUCCAUGUUUCUGGUGAUACCAAGCAGGGACACAGGUCAGCUUAGUGGAAAUGGAGGAGCAAAGAUUAAAGGAGGCAAGAGCAGCAGAGGACCUGAUGGAAAUAAAGGUGGAUGUAAACUCUGAAGAUCUGGAUUCAUCCCACUUUGACACCAGGCCUCUGGUUUACGACAGGGAUCCCAAAAGAGUUAACAGCAGCCUUAAGGUCAUGUUUGAGGAUGUGAUUGCUGAACCUCCCUCGGUGCAUAGCUUUGAUAAAGUGUGGGUAUGGAGUCACGCCCUGUUUGAGGUGUCCAGACUGUGGUGCUACCGUCUCAUCUCCCUCCUGCUGGCGGUUCCGGUCUCACUAACAGCGGGGCUCCUAUUUGCCAUCCUCAGCUGUCUUCACAUCUGGCUGAUCAUGCCCUGUGUGCAGCUCCUCCUCAUCAAUAUGUACUGGGUCCAGACUGUGUGGGCCAGCAUACUGAACAUUCUUAUCAGUCCCUUCUUCACCAGUAUUGGAAAGUGCUGUGGUCAAAUCACCAUCCAUCUGACAGAUGAUGAAAUCAGAUAGAAAGUCUCACUGUGUAAAUGUUAAAUGUUAAAAUGGAUGUUACAAAGAUCAAGCAAGCAGUAACAGAUUGCAUACUAAUAAUUAACAAAAUCAUUAUGAUAUUAACUGGGGUAUUGUUUUGUAUUUUGUGGAGUUUGAGGAGAUUUUAGUCUAAAUAUACUAAAACCUACUCAGUGUACUAAUGCAAAACGAUAUAAAUUUAAAUGACAAACUGCUAAGGGAGACAAUGAACAGUCCUCUGGAUUAACGGAUGGAAAAUGCUUAGUUGUUGCUACAAUGGUGUGUAGAGGCUGAGAAAUAACAAUAUUAUAAAGUGACUGAAUAAAAGUUGAAGAUCUUCAACAGA